AUGACGAAUAGCAAUGCAAACGCGCCCAGCUACACCGACUCGCUGGCAAACACAUCUGCCAACUUCUCUCUUCAACUCACUGGUCGUGUCGACGGCAGUGAAGACUCCGCCACAAAAUUCGGGCCCCAGUAUCACGGUCAAGUCCGCGUCACCAUAAUCCUCAUCAUGAUCGCCUUCUCGGCCACUGGAAACAGCGUCGUCUGCUGGCGGCUACUGCGGAAUCGUCGACACCAUCGCUACCAGAAGGCGCACGUCUUGUUCCUGAACUUGGCCAUGGCCGACCUUCUGGUCACCACGGUCACGAUGACCUCGCAGACGGUCUGGGAGAUCAUGGGUCGCGCCUGGAUCGCCGGCGACACCUUCUGCCGCAUCUUCAAGGUGCUGCAGACGUUUGCGCUCGCCUCGUCCACCUACGUUAUCGUGGCCAUCGCGCUGGACAGACACUUUGCCAUUGUGCACCCGCUGGCCAGCUGCCCGACGCCUUCUCGCCUGGCCACGGCCGCCUGGGUCGCUUCGCUGCUGCCAUCGCUGCCCAACCUGUACGUGUUCCGCCUUGUCGAUGCGGGCGCCGGGAUCAAGUACUGCACCUCUCUGUUCUACGCCAACAAGAUGGUCUCGCCGCUCGCUCGCCAGCUGUACAUGACCUCCGUGUUCAUGGCCGUGUUCGUGCUACCGCUCAUCCUGCUCGUAGUGCUGUAUGGCCGAAUAAUUGCCGAGAUUUGGCAUCAGAGCUCAGCCAUCAAGAACAGGCACCAGACCACUUCGUCACUACCGAAGGCUAAGGUCAAAACCGUAAAGCUGACGGCUGCCAUCUUCGCUGCCUUCCUGGUGACAAACGUGCCGUACAUGAUCCAGGAGCUGGCCCUGGCCUUUGCCGGUUCCAGCGUGUCCUUGGAUCGAAACGUGGUGGCCCUGUUCGGAGUCAUCUCGGCGUCCAACAGUGCCAUCAACCCGUUCAUCUUCCUCUUCUUCCAAAAGAAGAGCAGUAGCGCCAAGGGGAGAAGGCGCUUCGUCAUGCCCUUUCGCAGGGACACCGUCGCCGAAAGCAAGAACGGGACUACAUUCUCGAGUUGUAGGAACAGCGGCGCCGGUCACGAUCGCUACACCAGCUCGCCGAAGAGCCAAUCGACCAUCUACACCAUCUCUUCGCGUGAAACAAACAGGAAGUCACCCUCCUCGGAACAGUGUGCCGAUCUGAACGCGUAG